AUGGUGAUGGACGAAAAGAGCGAGGGCAUCUCCUCUGAGAUGCCUAUGCAGCACGAGGUCAGCCACGACAAGUUAGGAACGGCCGAGGAGGGUGGCCUGUCUGACCCCAACCAUGUCGAGCUUCAUCGUGCGCUUAAGGCGCGACACAUUACCAUGAUUGCUAUCGGUGGUGCGAUCGGCACGGGCUUGAUUAUUGGAACGGGCGAAGCGCUUGCAAAGGCUGGACCCGGCGCAAUCCUCAUCGCAUACGCAUGGGUCGGAUUCAUUGUUUACCUGGUAAUGUGCGCCCUCGGCGAAAUGGCAGCAUGGCUUCCUCUCCCCUCUGGAUUCACCGGUUACGCGGUCCGAUUCUGUGAUCCAGCGCUCGGCUUUACACUUGGAUGGACGUACUGGUUCAAAUACAUCAUUCUCUCGCCAAAUCAACUGACAGCCGGCGCCUUGGUCAUAUCAUACUGGAUCCCCACAGAAAAAGUCAACGCCGGCGUCUGGAUCACCGUCUUCCUGAUCCUAAUUGUCAGCAUCAACUACUUCGGCGUGAAAUUCUUCGGCGAAUUCGAAUUUUGGCUCUCCUCCUUCAAGGUCAUCGUCAUCCUCGGCAUCAUUCUCCUCUCCUUCAUCCUAAUGCUGGGUGGCGGUCCCGACCACGACCGCAAGGGAUUCCGAUACUGGAGAGACCCCGGCGCAUUCAACACCUACAUCAAAGAAGGUGACGCCGGCCGCUUCCUCGCAUUCUGGUCCACCAUGGUCUCCGCCACCUUCGCCUACCUCGGAACCGAGCUGGUCGGAGUUACAGUCGGCGAAGCGCAGAAUCCCCGCAAGACCAUCCCCCGCGCAAUCAAACUGACCUUCUAUCGUAUCUUGGUCUUCUACGUCCUGUCGGUCUUGCUAGUCGGCACCCUUGUCAAAUUCAACGACAAGAAACUCGCCUUCGCCAUCGGCGCCACCAGCUCAGCCGCCGCAUCCCCAUUUGUCGUCGCUAUCGAAAACUCCGGUAUUCCCGUCCUCUCACACAUCCUCAACGCAUGCAUUCUACUGUUCGUCUUCUCAGCCGCCAACUCGGAUCUCUACAUCGCAACCCGCACCCUCUACGGCCUCGCCCGCGAAGAUAAAGCACCAAAGAUCUUCGCCCGAACAGACAGCCGCGGCGUCCCCGUCUACUCACUGGCCAUCUGCUCCGUCAUCGCGCUACUGGCCUACAUGAACGUCAGCAACGACUCGCGGACCGUCUUCAAGUAUUUCGUUAACCUGGUUACCAUCUUCGGCCUGCUUACCUGGAUCUCGAUUCUGGUCACGCACAUUUACUUCAUUCGUGCGCGGAAAGCGCAGAACGUACCCGAUUCGGACCUGGCGUACGUCGCGCCUUUUGGGGCCGUGGGCUCUUACGGCGCGCUUGCUUUCUGCAUUCUUAUCGCAUUCACCAAGAACUAUGAUGUCUUCACGCAUAAUCCGAAGUGGGGCAAUUUCGACUAUAAGAAUUUCAUUACGGCGUAUCUUGGCAUUCCCCUCUAUUUGAUUCUGAUUACGGGGUACAAGCUUGUGACGAAGUGCAAGGGUGUUAAGCCGGAGGAGGCGGAUCUUUGGUCUGGGAAGGAUGAGAUUGAUCGUGAGGAGGCGGCUUAUCUUGCGCGAAAGAGCGCCGAGGCUGAGAAGCAUGCGCAGGCGGGCUGGUUCUAUCGGAAUUUUGUAUCGUGGCUUUUCUGA